CUUAAGAAGAAACCAAAAAAUCAGUGAAAACGAAAUAAUAGAAAGUAGUGUCUGAAAAGUGUAACAGUUUUAUUUUUUAUUUUUCAAAUUUUAGUUUUUCCUAAUAAGUGUUUGUGGUCUUGUUUGUGCAACAAAAAAAAAAUAAAUAAGUAACCAAACACAGCUACUUAAUAAAGCUUUAAUCUGAAUUUAUUACAAGCAAAUAUUUGAAAAAGGAAAACAUUGUUUUGUGAUAAAACAAAAAAAUGUAUAAUGAUUGCAAAAUGGAAAAUGCGGCAAGUCGGGCUUUUACAGUCAAGGUCGGUCAUGAUUAUCGCCAAAUGCGUGAUGUAAAAGACAUUUGUUAUCGUUGUCUUUUUUCCGGUCGCCGUAAAAAGUCAACGAAUAGAGCAGGCGCACCACACUCCCAAACAUCAAUAACAACAAUAACAUCUCCAACACGUUCACAAAAACAACAAAGCGGUUUGUUGAGUUCAAUUUAUAUUGAGCUGUUACUUCUUUCAUUAAUGAUCACCACUGCCAUGGGAAUUGGUGGUCAAAAUCACACACAAAGAAGUUUAUCGAAUAGCAUCGAGUGUCUGGAAGAUUUGCGCUUCUAUAGAGAUCCUAAUAGAGCAAUUCACAAGAUAUGGACCAGUUCUGAAUGUUCGAAAUACUAUUUGUGUUUGGAGGGAGAAGUAUUCAAUUUUAAAUGCUCCGAGGGACUACUCUUCGAUGUGGUACGACAAAUAUGCGAUUUUAAACAAAAUGUGGAUAACUGCGAUAUAACGGCUGAGACGCCAGUGCCUAAACCACUUUUAGAUGAGGCCGUGUGUGAAGAAGAGAAUCAUUGGGGCUGUGCGGAUGGAACUUGUUUGCCCAAUGAAUACUUUUGUGAUGGUUCGGUCGACUGUCCCGAUGAAUCGGAUGAGGGAUGGUGUGAUGCUGACAAUGAUCCAAAUGCAGCUGCUUCAUGUGAUCCGCGUCAAUGUAAAUUACCUGACUGCUAUUGUUCUAAGGAUGGCACGCAAAUACCGGCACGUUUGGAACCGCAGUCUGUGCCACAAAUGAUUUUGUUGAGUUUUGAUGAUGCAAUUAACUUUGAAAAUUGGGAAUUGUUUUCUCAAGUCCUAUUUAAAGGCCACCGACGUAAUCCCAACGGCUGUCCCAUAAAGGCCACUUUCUUUGUUUCUCAUCCCUUUACAAAUUAUCAGUAUGUGCAAAAGUUAUGGAACGAUGGCCAUGAAAUGGCGGUACAUUCAGUAACACAUCGCGGUCCUGAGAUGUGGUGGUCUCAUAAUGCUACCAUUGAAGAUUGGUUUGAUGAAAUGGUGGGUCAGGCCAAUAUUUUAAAUCGCUUCGCCAGUGUGCGCAUGGAAGAAAUAAGAGGCAUGCGUGUGCCAUUCUUACGUGUGGGCUGGAAUCGUCAAUUUUUAAUGAUGAAGGAAUUUGGAUUUGUCUAUGAUGCCUCUAUGGUUGCACCAUUUUCUAAUCCUCCCUCAUGGCCCUACACGCUGGACUAUAAAAUGCCUCACGCUUGCACGGGCAGCCAACAAAAUUGUCCAUCGCGUAGUUACCCCGGUAUAUGGGAAAUGGUCAUUAAUCAAUUAGAGGCUGGCGACUUUACCUGUACAAUGAUCGACAGCUGUCCACCUCAUUUAACUGGCGAUGAUAUCUAUCGCAUGUUGACGCAUAACUUUAAACGUCAUUAUCUUUCGAAUCGUGCUCCAUUGGGUCUUUAUUUCCAUGCAACUUGGUUUAAAAAAGCUGAUUAUCUUAAUGCAUUUUUGAAAUUUGUGGAUGAUUUACAAAAACUACCCGAUGUUUAUUUUGUUACAAAUCAGCAGGCCAUACAAUGGAUGCGCCAGCCAACUUCGAAUAGUGACAUACAUCAAUUUAGUGCCUGGGGUUGUAGACCAAAGCAAUUGGAAAAACAUGAAAUGGUCUGUACCUUAUCGAAUACAUGUAAACUGAGAAGUCGAGUGCUACAACAGGAUCGUUAUUUCUACACCUGCAAAGAGUGUCCGGCCCAAUAUCCAUGGAUUCGCAAUGAAUUUGGUUUAGAUUAAACAAAACAUAUAUUAAAAUACAUACAUUUUUGUUAUAUUCAUUUAAAUAAUCAUACUCAUAUAUUUUACAUUUCAUUAGUAAUUUAUAAAGUACGUAUUUUAAGUUGUCGUAUUUAGAAAAUUUUACAUGCUACUUUUUUAUUAUCAAAAUAAUUAAAUUAUUUAUUAACAUUUUUUAUUAAUUUUAAGUAAAAUAUUUAAACAAAAAAUUACAGAAUUUUUUAAUCUUAAUAAAAGAAAAUACGCCACUAUUGCGUUAUAAAGGGAUUUGGUAUAGCCUCAACACCAUCCUGUGGACAUAUCAGCACUAAAGCUGUACCUCGACACACCACCAGACCCAAAUUUCGUGUAUCCUCUGAGGGUUUGAAUGGUUCAUCAGGAUCUCGCAAAUACUCAAUAGUAUUGUCCAAUACUAAGUUGAGCAAUGCAUCAUAGCCUUUAAGUAUACCCGAAGCUUCGCGACCACCGGCAAAUUUAACGCGUAUUUGUUUUUCCAAAUAUUUGGACAAGUCCAAAAUAGAUUCUUUGCGACGUUUCUCUUUGCCAUCAUUGUUGCCGCCGCCACCCUUUAUGUAUAGUAAAAAUAAUCUAUUUAGUUUGAAUUGGCUGUAUGCAUUAUAUUACACAUACCUUUUGUUUAUUUUCGGACAUUUUGUAAAAAGUCUUAUUUAUGAAUUGUACUCGUUUUUUGAAAUAAAAUAGAUUUUUUGUUUGCUAAUAUUCUAAAA